AGUGCUUCCAGGAGUCAUCCAAGAGCGGAAACCACAGGACUUGGUAACUGGUAAGGUCACUAGCAGACGGCUGUGCCUUUCAGCAGGAAGAGGACCAUGAAGGGUAAUGCUUUCAAUCGACUCAGGACAUUGAGGCAGCUGUGGCUGUGUUAACUAAAGACACUCUUGAAAGAGGACUCCAGAGCUGCUUCAGAAAGUGGUGGAGCUGAUCAGAAUAAUGUUCAGCAUCAACCCCCUGGAGAACCUGAAGCUGUACAUCAGCAGCCGGCCACCCCUGGUGGUCUUUAUGAUCAGUGUCAGCGCCAUGGCCAUCGCCUUCCUGACCCUGGGCUAUUUCUUCAAAAUCAAGGAGAUUAAGUCACCUGAAAUGGCAGAGGAUUGGAAUACUUUUCUGCUUCGAUUUAAUGACUUGGACUUGUGCGUAUCAGAAAAUGAAACAUUAAAGCAUCUCUCAAACGACAGCACAGCUUCAGAGAGCACAGUGACCAGUGGGCAUGCCAGAGCGUCCACACAGUCCCCCCAGGCUCUGGAGGACUCGGGCCCGGUGAACAGCUCAGUUGCAAUCACCCUCACCCUGGACCCCCUUAAGCCCUUCGGAGGCUUCUCUCGAAAUGUCAGCCAUCUGUACUCGACCAUUUUGGGGCAUCAGAUUGGACUUUCAGGCAGGGAAGCCCAAGAGGAGAUAAACAUUACGUUUACCCUGCCUAUUGCUUGGAGCUCGGAUGACUGUGCUGUUCAUGGCCAUUGUGAGCAGGUGGUGUUCACAGCCUGCAUGACGCUCACAGCCAACCCCGAUGUCUUCCCUGUCACUGUACAGCCUCCACACUGUGUCCCUGACACGUACAGCAAUGCCACGAUCUGGUACAAGAUCUUUACAACUGCCCGAGAUGCCAACACAAAGUAUGCGCAAGACUACAACCCUUUCUGGUGUUACAAGGGGGCCAUUGGGAAAGUCUAUCAUGCGUUGAAUCCCAAGCUUACAGUUAUUGUUCCAGACGAUGACCGUUCAUUGAUAAAUUUGCACCUCAUGCACACCAGUUACUUCCUCUUCGUGAUGGUGAUAACAAUGUUUUGCUAUGCUGUGAUCAAAGGCAGACCCAGCAAACUGCGUCAGAGCAAUCCUGAAUUUUGCCCUGAGAAGGUGGCUUUGGCUGACGCCUAAUCAAUCCCACACCUCCCCGUCUAUGGAGAGAGACUGAAAGAACCAUUGUCAUUGCCUGCUGACCUAAGCCAGGGCCUGGCCACUCCAAACACAUGAUCUUGCAGUGUUGGGUUAUUCCAGCCAAAGACAUUUCAAGUGCCUGUAACUGAUUUGUACAUAUUUAUAAAAACCUACUCAGAAGUUGGUCCAGUGAUGCACGUGCUUUGCACUGGGUGCGGCCAGAACCCUUUGACCUCACCGAAUAACACUAAGAGGGGACACGAGGGUCUCGUGUCACAGAGCAGGUCAUGUUUUCAUCAGGGGCACGGCGUGAUUCCUCACUGGUAGGGUUGAGGUUUGCUUUGGUUCUUGUUUCAGCCCAAUAUGUACAAAAUGUUUGAAACAGUCUGCACCUUUGAUAUGAUACUGCAUUUCCAAAGCCACCAAUCCAUUUUGUGGAUUUUAUGUGUCUGUGGCUUAAUAAUCAUAGUAACAACAAUAAUACCCUUUUCUUCAUUUUGCUUGCCAGGAAACAUACCUAAGUCUUUUUUUUUUUUUUUUUUUAAGAAAAAUUAAAAUAGAUUUUAAUACUACUCUAGUUAGGACAGACUUGUGCUUUUCUCCUGAGUAAAAAGUUAAAUAUUUAAAAUUCACCUAGAUGGUAAAGAUCUAAGUUUCAUUUUCCAUGCUGACGGGGAGGAGCUCAGUCUUGUUUGAGUUGGCAUAGAAUGUUCUUUUCUUUCCCCUCUCUCUCCCCUCUGUUGUAAAAGUUAAAGCAGCUCCCUCACUCCCAAGGGCCUAGACAUUAGGUAAACGGCCCUAGGUCGAAGAGGCAGUUAGUGGUCCUACUUUCCAGCAUGCACAUGGCAGUGUGGAAAGAACGAAUGAGGACUUGGUUUAAAACUCAUGAAAGGGUUUCUUUCUUUUUUUUGAAAAGGAGAUAAAAUUUCUUUUCUUUGGUACUGGGGAUCGAACUCAGGACCUUGCGCUUUCGAGGGAAGUGCUGGAACCACUGAGCUAAAUCCCUGGCCCCUUUUCUUUUUUAAAAAAACUUUUCCUUUUAUUUUUAUGCAACUAAUAUCUUCAAAAGAAAGAUGGCAUCUACUAGAUCUGUGACACAAUGAAGACAAGGCCUGUAAAAUCUGAAGGAAUGGAAUUUGGAUUUGCUGUUUAUCAAGGACAAUUGAAAGAAUUUUUCUUAGAACAUUUUGGUCAUCUAGCUUCUCAGUCCUUUUGCCCUCUAAUCUUCUUUCGUUUUAAAAAAUUUAUACCUUAUCUAUUCCAGUCCUUUCUUGUUACUUGUUUCUCUUGACAGCUCUUUGCCUUAAUAAGUCAUUGUUGUUAAUGUUGUCUGUGUUCUCUCACACAGCGUUAUAGCAGGAGGGCAGAUAAGACCUUAGGCUUGACUGUCAGUCAGCACUGUGGCCCUGUAGUUGGUCUGCUCUAAAUUAAGAGUUCCCACAGUCUGAAAUUUGUCGGUCUGGAACAUUUUACCCCAGGCAUUCUUGAAUGGAAAACAAUUGUGGGCUUUUAUUGAGGAUUGUUAAAAUAAUCACCGUAGUUACUUGAUAUGUUAGUAUUCCAUUUUUUCUUCUUAAUAUAUUUCAAGUGCAGUGAUCAUACUUGUCUAACCAGUUUUUUGUUUCUUGUUCUUUUUGGUAUGAUAUGAUUUGCUUACAUGAUGUAUGGUUAACUUGUUAUUUUAGUUUUCUCUUUAGAGACUUUGAAACCCUUAUGAGACAAGAUUCAGAAAGAGCCAUUUGGCUUGGCAUUUAGAAAUGUCAGUAUUCUUAGAACCAUCAAACUUUAGAUUAAGCUGCUACUGAAUUAGUAAAGUCCCAGUGAAGUGGAGUUAUAGAGAUAGUCAUAAUUAGCAGAGUAAUAUAACAGGUAAAAGACAAGUUAAAAAAAAAUCAGUUUCACUGGUUUAUUCAGUCCAGCUCAUUGCAGAUAUUAAUUGCCCUUGUUUUAAUUACAGGGAAUGGCUGGAAUCUGUAGCCAGGGGAGAAACACUGUUAGGCAUGAGAAUGUGCCAAAACUGCCGGGACAGUAUGAGUUGUCCUGAGGCCAGGACGCACAGGUUAAAACCCAACAUUCACUGCAGCAGGUAAUUCUCAAAGAUCUUAAGGGAACACAGAGCCAAGCAGGUGUGUGAAGGAAGGUGGGGAACGGGGAGGCCAUGGCUCUAGAAGAGGCCUCCACAGCACCCCAGGAAGUGCAGGGCACCCAUUACUGCUGGGCCGUGCGUGCAGGGCCCGUCCAUAGCUGUGGCUCCAGAGAGGCCGGUUUACCGUUCAGGGGUGGCCCUGCCGUGCAUAGGCUCGUCUGAAGGCACCUUGGACUGGAGGGCCAAUGAAAGGUCAGCAACUUAACUAUUAAAAUGGUUGUUUCAGAUCAUAUUGAUCUCUUUCCUUUUUCCUUUUGUCCUUUCACUGUAUGACUUGAAUCAGUUUUGAUUCUAUUUGUAACUUUCUUGCAUCGUUAGGAACCUGCCAUUUUGGUUGCAUUUUCUUCGGCAGUGUGUAGGGAUUCAGCAUCCUGGUUUUUCAACCCUCCUGCAGGCACCAUGGGGUUACGAGGGCCAGCGGAUCCAUUCCACUUACUUGCUGCAUGAUGGUCAGUAGCUGAUCUGUUAUGGCAUUCACUCCCUGAUUAAUUUCUGUGUUUGGAAUAUGUGCAUAUGUGCUUUACAGAAUAAAACAUCAAGAUUUA